AUGGGCUCUAGAGUUGGUAAUCGGGGUAGUAUCAAGCUAUCAUUGAGUACAAGAAAUAUGUCAAACGGUGGUGCUGGAAAUAAUGGUGGUCGGUCUGGUGAUAAUCAAAACAAACAAUCAACUGGUGAUGAAGUCAAGAGCAAGAGAAAAUCGGCACGUAUAGCCCAACUAGAAGCUGAAUCGAUACCAAAACUUUCAGCUAGUCCGGAGAUCAAAGAAGGACGUAAAUCCAGUAAACCUGGAUCUGUUUCUGGCAACGGGAACACAGUAUUUGUUGAACCGGAGCUAGCAGCACCUACACCAAGCUAUACUGGAUUGCCAUUAGAAGAGUUUCCUAGCAACAAAAUCAAAAAGGAAUCUUUAUGGCCUGCGAAAUACAGGCGAACUAAAAGCAGCGAUAGUUCAAGAGAAAGCACAGCUACACCAGGGGACGAAAUAGAUACCAAUAAAGUUGAAGCAGAUUAUCAACACAAUCUAAAAACGAGUUUGAGUGAGGAUCUAGCUAAAGAAAGCGAAUUGAGACAAUCGCUAUUAAAUGAGAAAACAUCUUCAAAACCAAAAAGAACAACACGAUUGAAACUUACUUUACGAACACCCACACAAGAAACAGGAAAACAACAACAACAAAAAAGAUCAUUAGAUGGCUCCGCCAAUGCGAAGCAGCGUCCAUUGAAAAAAAUAAAAGUCACGUCACCCACAAAAUCACCUAGAACCAAAUUGUUCGAUGCCAAAACCAGUAAUGGCAGUAUUGUAAAGCAAGAAAAAGACAAGCACCACGAAGAAGAAGAGGAGGAGGUAAAAGAAAACGACGAUUUCUGUUUUGCUUGUGGUAUGCCUGGAAUAUUCAUCUGUUGUGAGAAGUGCCCUAAAUCUUUUCAUUUUACUUGUUGUGAUCCUCCUAUAGAGGAGGCACCCGAAGACGAAUGGUACUGUCGUGAAUGCUAUACCAAAGUUCACCCGGAAUCGAUCCAGGAUUGGCGUGAUAUGGGGGUCUUUGGACAAUUGUUGAACCAAUUGGAAACCAGAAAUCCAAAAGUAUUUCAAUUACCUCUUGAAUUACGUGAAAAGACAUUUGUCGGGGUAACCACCGAAAGCAAUGGCGAUUACGUCGAUGAUAGUGUGAAAGAUGAUAUCCCACCAGCAAAAUUGAACGGAUCGCAAAUACCAGGUUGUAAUCGCGAUGUGACUUUAGAAAUCGAUGAUUUAUAUAACGAAAAUGGAGAUCCAUACUUGUGCCACAAAUGUGGUGGCUCAGGACUAAAUCGAAGGACUUUGAUUCAUUGUGACUAUUGCCCUUUGGUGUACCAUAUUGACUGUCUAGACCCCCCGUUAUUUGGACCAAAAACUAUUGGUGAUAAAUGGAGAUGUCCCAACCACAUUGAGGAUUUGUUUCCAAAAGGACUUCCUAAACUACGUCAAUUUAAAGAAACACGAGUAAUUGAAAACUCUUUGCAUAGUAAUUUUAUGAAAAUGGCUGGCCUUAGCAAUAUAUUUAUCAAGUAUGAUGAUGAGAAUUACAUCAAUGAUACCGACAAAUCAGUAGCGUUUGAUGAUUACAAGCAAUACAAAAGCACUACUUUGGAAAAGAAGGUAUUAGAGAAUUGGGGUGAAGACAUGGAAGCCAUACAUCCAGACUAUAAAGUACCAGGAUUUUUCCGAGCAGUAGCAACAGAUCGUGGAGUCUCUGCCUCUAGCACGAAAAUAAUAGCACUACCGUCUGCAUUGUCAAACAAAUCCAUAAUUUACAGAAUCCCUGAAAAACUGAUAGUGAUGGACUUUGUUGGCAAGAUAGCAAAAGAUAAAGUAUUGAAUGAAAUUUCACAAUACGACAUACAACAACGACUUGAAGAAGAUCCUGACGCACUAGAAGCCGUUGAGAGCUUAAACGAGAUCAAAGAACGACAAAAGGCAUUAAAUCUAGACGCAUUGUUACAAGUUAUAGGUGAAGAAUCAAAACCAACUGAAAAUGAAACUCUAAACGACAACGAAAUACAAGAACUACUCAAGAUUAAACAAUUGAUGAAAGCUAAGGGUCAACAAGCAUUAUUAGAGUUUCUUCUGUCAUGA